AUGUCACCAAGUGAAGCAACAGGAGGUCAGGUUUAUGGCUUACCUGAAACAGAAGAGGAUACCGAAAUUCUCCGUGUUAGAGUUGUUAAGGCGGAACGUCUAUCAAAAAGAGAUAUAUUCGGAGUUUGUGAUCCAUAUGCAGUGAUUUUGCUGAAACGUUAUGGAAGUAACAAUACCCGUGAACCAAUAUGGAAUGAAGAAUUUCUCUUUCGCGUGGUACGCAAAAAUUGCAUGUUAACAGUGCAGAUUUUUGAUGAAAGGCGUAUUACACGCGAUGAUUUCCUUGGAAUGGUGGAAAUUGACUUAGCACAGGUACGUAUCCCGCAUGAACUGAUCGGAAUACCAAUUCCAGAAGCGUCAUAUAUUCUGAGUGCUCGUUCACAUCGCUCUUACUCUCCAGUUCAGGGUAGUGUACGUCUUUCACUUUCAUAUGUCACUAAUUCUACACACCCAGCUAUGGAGCAGAACUCUACCAAUGACGACGGUGAUUGGGAGCAGUUGAGUCCUAACUGUUUAGCCAACCGACAGGUUCCAAUAUCUCUUCCUGAAGGUUGGGAAGAACGGCUAGACGCAAAUGGUCGAACAUUUUACGUUAAUCACAUAUCGAGAACUACACAAUGGAUGCGACCUACGAGAAGUGGCAUGGAAUCUGAGUUAGACGAAACAGAGCAAGAGGAUGCUUUGCGUAGAAAUUAUGAAAGUCGUUGGCAAGGUUCUAGUGAGGAACAUGUUGAGGAUAGUAUUGCUAAUUUGGAAGUUGGUUUGCGAGCAAAAUUUGAAUCUGGUGGUCGUGUUGAUCCUAAUGAUGGUCGCGGGUUGUUGCCCCAGGGUUGGGAUAUGCAAGUGGCACCAAAUGGACGGACGUUUUUCAUUGAUCAUAUACACAAGACAACAACUUGGAUUGAUCCAAGAGAUGGCCAGGCUUCAGCUACUUCUUAUUUAAAGGAAGUGCGAACCGACGAACUAGGCGAAUUGCCUGCUGGUUGGGAAAAGAGAAUUCAUGCUGAUGGUAGGAUAUUUUACAUUGACCACAACACUCGCCGAACACAAUGGGAAGAUCCGAGAUUUGAGAAUACGAAUAUUGCUGGUCCAGCUGUUCCAUAUUCGCGUGAUUAUAAAUGUAAAUAUGAAUAUCUGAGAUCACAUCUUCCAAAACCACCUACCAACAUCAAAUGUGAAAUUAUCGUGCGACGGAUUCAGCUCUUCGAAGAUUCUUAUAGACAGAUAAUGCAGUUAUCACCUACUCUUUUGCGUGCUAAACUUUGGAUUGAAUUCGAGAAUGAAACAGGUUUGGAUUACGGUGGCGUAGCUCGCGAAUGGUUUUAUUUACUUUCUCAUGAUAUUUUCAACCCGUAUUACGGUCUCUUCGAAUAUUCAGCAACAGAUAAUUAUACUUUACAAAUAAAUCCGCAUUCGGAAACCUGUAAUCCGGAACACUUAUCUUAUUUCCACUUUAUUGGUCGUGUCAUUGGUAUUGCUAUUUACCACGGGAAAUUACUUGAUGCAUUUUUCAUUCGACCGUUUUAUAAAAUGAUGUUGGAUAAGCCAAUCACUCUAAAUGAUAUGGAGUCUGUGGAUAAUGAGUAUUUCAAUUCCUUAAUUUACAUCAAAGAUAAUAAUCCAGAAGAUUUGGAUUUGCACUUUGCAGUGGACGAGGAUGUUUUUGGAAAGAUGAAUAGCGUGGAACUUCGAAAUGGAGGAGCGGAGGAGAAAGUAACAGAUGCAAAUAAAGACGAGUAUAUUGACUUAAUCAUUAAGUGGCGCUUUGUUAGUCGCGUUGAAGAACAAAUGAAAGCACUGAUGAGGGGAGUUCACGAGCUAAUACCACCAAAUUUGCUGUCAAUUUUUGACCCGAAUGAGCUUGAAUUACUUGUGUGUGGCUUACAAAAAAUUGACGUUAAAGACUGGAAAGACAAUACUCUGUAUAAAGGUGGCUACUCUCCAAGUCAUCCGGUAAUUCAAAACUUCUGGAAGUGCUUGCUUGCAUUUAAUAACGAAAUGCGUGCAAGAUUAUUGCAAUUUGUUACGGGUACCUCUCGUGUUCCAAUGAAUGGUUUUCGCGAAUUAUAUGGUUCAAAUGGACCUCAAAAAUUUACAAUUGAACGCUGGGGCAGUGCAGAUAUGUUGCCACGAGCGCACACUUGUUUCAAUCGAAUCGAUCUACCACCGUAUACGAAUUUUCAUGAAAUGAAGGAACGGUUGACAACGGCAGUUGAAAACUCCGAAAUUUUCUCCGGCGUUGACUAA